CGUACUUUCAGAGAUGACGAUGGAAUUGAAAGAGGGGAGAAUAUUAAGUUCGAAUUGAACAAAGCAAUUCAAGAGUCGAAGAUUUCAAUAGUUGUCUUCUCGGAGGACUAUGCAUCUUCAAGUUGGUGUCUCGAUGAACUUGUCAUGAUCCUCGAACGCAGGAGGACUGUUGGACAUGUAGUUCUACCUGUUUUCUAUCAUGUGGAUCCAUCUCAUGUGAGGAAUCAAAAGAAAAGUUUCAAAGAAGCAUUUACAAGGCAUGAAGAGAGAUUUCGCGCAGAAGCGAGUGAAAGAAAAGUUGAAUGGAUGGGCAAAGUGAAAGAAUGGAAGGCAGCACUUAGAGAAGCUGCAGAUUUGGCAGGGAUGAACUUACAAAAUCAAACUGACGGACUUGAGUCAAAGUUUAUCCAGAAAAUUGUGAAAGUGGUUGGAGACAAACGAAGUCGCACAACCUUGGGUAUUGCCCCCCACUUGAUUGGAAUAUAUUCUCGAGCCGAAAACAUUGGGCUUUGGUUACAAGAUGAGUCUAGUGAUGUUGGUAUAGUCGCAAUUUGUGGGAUGGGUGGAAUAGGGAAGACAACCAUCGCCAAAGUACUAUAUAAUUUGAACUUCUCAAGAUUUGAAGGUAGCAGUUUUCUUGCAAAUGUAAGAGAAAUUUUAAAACAACAAGAUGGUUUACUUCGAUUACAACGAAAACUUCUUUCAGAUAUGUUAAAGGGAAGAAAGGAAAAAUUGUACAGUGUUGAUGAAGGAGUUGUAAAGAUUAAAAAUGCAUUAUGUUGCAAAAAAGUUCUUGUAGUCCUUGAUGAUGUGGAUACAGCAGAUCAAUUGGAUGCGAUACUUGGAAUGAGAGACUGGCUUUCUCAAGGUAGUAAAAUCAUCAUAACCACCAGGCGUGAGCAAUUGCUCAAGGCUCAUGAAGUUUGUCAGGUGCACAAGGUUGGAAAAUUGGAUAAUGAUGAAUCCUUAGAGCUCUUUAGUUGGCAUGCCUUUGGGAAAAAUUGUCCCAUUGAUGGUUUUAUAGAGGACUCAAAGAGGGUGGUACACUAUUGUGGAGGGCUUCCAUUAGCUAUAAAAAUUUUGGGUUCUUCUCUAUCUGGAAAAAGUUUAAAUAUCUGGAAAAGUCAAUUGGAAAAAUUGAAAGCAUUUCCUGAUUAUGAAAUCCUUGGAAAACUCAAAAUAAGCUAUGACUCUUUACAAGAUGACCACGAUAAAAAUUUAUUCCUCCAUGUUGCUUGUUUCUUUGUUGGGAUGGAUGAAGAUUGGGUAGUUACAAUUCUAGAUGGAUGUGAUUUUUACACAAUGGUUGGGAUUCAAAAUCUCAUUGAUAGAUGUCUAUUAACAAUUGAUGAAAGCAAAAAGUUGGUGAUGCAUCAAUUGGUUCAAGAAAUGGGAAGAGAAAUUGUUCAGCAAGAAUCACCUAAGGAGCCAGGAAAACGUAGUAGACUUUGGAAUCACAAGGAUUCCUUGAAUGUUUUGAGAGAAAAUACUGGGACAAGAAAAAUCGAAGGCCUCACACUUGAUACGAAUUUGCUCCAGAAAGAUAAACAUGACAGGACAAUUUUUGGUGUUAAUAGAAAACGUCAUUAUGAUGAAUUCCUCGACACACCAUUUUUAACAAAUGUAGGCAACUCAUUUAAAAGAUACUGUUUUGGCAUGUUCUCCCCCAAGAAUGUAGGCACUGCUCUAGGAAAUUCAAAUCAAAUAACUUUGGAAGUUGAUGCAUUUGCAAGGAUGCAUAAACUAAAACUUUUGCAGCUCAAUUAUGUACAAAUAAGUGGAAGCUUGGAAAAUUUUCCUAAAGGAUUACGAUGGUUAUGUUGGCAUGGAUUCCCUUUCAAAUUUAUACCUUGUGAUUUUCCUUUGGAGAGCCUGAUUGUUCUUGACAUGAGUUAUAGUAGCUUGCAAAUAAUUUGGGAAGGAGAAAAGCUUCUCAAGUCACUAAAAAUCCUUGAUCUUAGUCAUUCCCAUUGCCUUACUAAAACUCCCAACUUCUCGAAAGUCCCCAAUCUAGAGAAGUUGAUAUUUAAAAAUUGUGCAAGGCUAGUUGAGGUUCAUGAAUCCAUUGGACACCUUGAGAGACUUGUUUUGUUCAAUUUAAAAGAUUGCAAAAAUUUGAGGAUGCUCCCGAGAAGCAUUUGUAUGCUAAAGUUUUUGAAAACACUUGACAUCUCAGGUUGCUCAAAUCUUGAGGAACUGCCAACAGGAAUAGAGACUAUGGAGUCAUUAACAGUUCUCCAUGCAAGUGGAAUUUCCAUAAGUCAAUUACUCUCUACCAGUAAGGAGGUCAAAUCAUGGCAUUCAUUCAUCUAUCCCUGUCUGUUGAAGCCAAGAAAAAGCAUGGAAAUUUCAUGGGCUCUUUUACCACGGUGCAUGGUACACUUGAGUCUUGAGAACUGUAAUUUAUCAGAUGAUGAUUUUCCUAUGGUUCUUGGCAACCUAUGCUCAUUGCAAAUUUUAAAUCUGAGUUGUAAUGCAAUUCGUAGCCUCCCAAAUUGCAUCAGAGGUCAUACUGGACUCCAGAUCCUUAGUUUAGAUAGGUGCACAAAGCUCCGAUCACUUGAAGUGUCGCAGAAACUGGAAGAAUUACGGUUCGAAGGAUGUACAUUGUUGGAGAAAGUAACCUUUCCAACCAUAGAAUAUAAUGACAUAUAUGGCAAUCAAGGCACUCGUUUUUUGCAUCCAAAUCGAAUACAAUGGGGCGAGAAUCACAAAAUAGUUGAGAUUAUGGGAAGGUUCAAGCUUGAACCUUUAGGAAAUAUUGACAUGGAGAUAAUUAACAAUUUGGGCUUGUCCAACUUAGGAUCCAUGGGAAGCCAAACUGUUAGGCUUUGCGGCCCGAACUCAGUGAAUCCAUGGAAGCUUCCCCUACAGGGAUGUCAUGAAAAACACAUAUUCUAUGCUUAUUGUUUAGGAAGCAAGGUUCCAGACUGGUUUAAUCUUAAAAAUGAAGGAUCUUCAAUAUCAUUUACUGUGCCGUCGCAUCUUAAUUUCAGAAUCCGAUGCUUGAUUGUAUGUUCUAUUUAUGCACUUUCCAAUAAUCGAAAAGAAGAUGAUUGGUUUCAUCCGUCUGAUUGCGUCACACAUACCAUUAUUAGUAAUUCGACCAAGAGUUUUAUUUGGAAUCAUUCCCAAUUUGUCUUUGGCAUUCCAGAAGCUGAUGAGGAUAUGAUGAUGUUAAGCUAUUCGAAGUUUGAAAAUCAGUUGGAAUGUGGCGAUGAACUGAAUAUUUCAGUGGUUGGAAAUGGGUAUUUUCAUGUAAAGGAGGUCGGAGUCCAUCUUGUGUACAAGGAGCAAGAAGAGAAGAGUAGCCAAUCAACUAGUGAAGAAGCAUCCCAACAAUUCUCCCUAUAUGGAAAUGUUGUUCCCGGAAAUGCAUCUGCAGUACGUCCCGCGAGUAAAAAAGUCUACAAUCUAGGUCGUCAUCUGAGGAGUUGUAGAAUUUGUGGCGAUCUAUAAUCUCAGCCUUCGGGCACUACUGCCUUGGGAAUUGUUUGUUUUGGAGCUGUGAGAUUGGGUAGGCAACGAUGUUAAGGAUUUUGAUUUUGCUAGUGGCUCUGCUUUGUGAUUUUCUGUUAUGAAGGCAGAAGUUAUUUCAGUGAGAGAGAAUAUGUUGCUACUUUUCUUUGAUUUUGAUGAUGCUGUGUACUACUGUUUAGGUGAAGCUGCUGCUACUGGGAUUAUAUUUUAAAAAUUUGGGGCAAAUUACAUA